AUGCACAAUUCAAAGAUUUUAUACGAGAAAGGUAUUUUAAAAAAUCUUAAAAUGUUAACGCAAACACAAUAUUCAAAUUUCAAAUUUGCCGGACGAUUGGAUAAGGUGAAGGCGUUUUAUGCGGGAAUGAAGGCAAUAAGUUUUGGAGAGACAGCAAAAUUUCAAAUCAACGAAAAUGGUUUUCGUAUUAUGACAGAAAAUGCUAAAAGCAUUCAGGCGAGUCUUUUCAUAACCAAAGAAGUCUUUGAAGAAUUCUUCCUCGAUGGUGAAUACAAUUUUAGUGUCAACAUGAAUAUACUCGUUGAAUGCAUUGGUUUAUUUGCUGGCAGUGAUUGUAGCAUGAAAAUGUUCUACAAAGGAGAAGGAGCUCCUUUAAUAAUGGUCAUAGAAGAUCAUGCAGAUGAAGAUGUCACAACAGAGUGUUCAAUCAAAACAUCACAAUUUGAAGAAUCUACAGAAUAUUCCUUGAACGAGAACAGUCCAAAUUACAAUAUAAUUUUUAUUCGUGGUCCAGAUAUGUCGCAGAUAUUUUCUGAAAUUGAUAAAACAGCAGAUGAAUUGGAGAUAACUCUUUCACCGAAAGUACCUCAUUUUCGUAUAGCUACAAUUGGUGUAAUGCAAUCUGAGUCUAAUAUUGAAGUAGCCAAAACUAGUGAUAUGAUGCUAAUGUUUAACUGUAGAGGAGAUACUGUAACGCGUUAUAAGUGUUCCCAUAUUCGUCUCACUUCGAAGGCUUUGUCAGCUUGUUCUAAAGUUGCUCUUAAGACGGAUUCAAGUGGACUUUUGGAAUUACAUUUUAUGAUUUACUCAAGUGAUGAAGCACAAGUGUAUAUACAAUUCUUUGUUUUGCCGAUGGUUGAAGAAGACUAGGAUUAAAAGUUGUUUAUUUAUUAAAGUUGAUGGUUUAUUUGAA